AUGGCCAAAUCGUUAAGUAACCAAUCGAUAGAAUCGCCAUCGGAAGCCAUCGAGCGUAAGGCUAUUAAUUCAGCUGGAUCCAUUGGUUCUCUUUAUGAUGCAAGCCGCGAUCAAUUGAUUCACGAAACCAACAAAAAUUACCCAAAACAAUGGUUACCUGCAUCGAGACCAGUACAGUGUAAACUGGCAACAGGCAUUCCGGAUUCAAACUUCAAUAUUCUCGAGUUCAUUAAUAUUCAAGAUGAACUAAGAUUAAGUUUAUGGUUGACAUUAACGAAGCGAGAAGGUGUAGCGAAGGUUCUCGAUUUCUCUCACUAUACAGAUCAGUACACUUAUAUUUUAUACUAUUCUUGGAUAAAGAAUGAGUGCAACUUAUCAAACACUCAACAGUUUUCUGAAUCAUGCAAUACAUGUAUUAAUGCUACUCAUGUGAUUAAUCGCGUACUCGUCGGGAUUGACCUUGUUGUCAUUGUGCAUUCAACAUCGACAAAUGAGAUUCGUGAUACGAUUGAUUCUCUGUUUAAAAAGAUUCAUCGCAUGCUUUUGAAUGAGGAAAACUGUAGCAUACACUUGACACAUGAAGAAAACUGUUUACUUGGGCAUUUGUCCGAUAUAAAGGUCUACUCGAAUUCAGAAACGCUCACUAGUUUAAGCAAGCUUCAUGAAAUUCUUCAUCAAAUACAAGUAAUCAAAAAUAAUUUUACGCUAUGUCGUCCAGUGACCUAUAUUCUUAAGCCAACGACAUCGUUCUGUAACAUGGAGCCAAGAAAGCACAUCAUAUUUCGAGCUCUAGCAGGCACGCUAAUAGCACAUAUUGAGCGUCAUUUUAUCAAUUUUCGAAAUCGAAUAAAAAAUGUAGACGUAUUUUGUCAAGAAAAUCAACUAAAACCAAUGGUUACAAGUCAGAAACAGUUGCUUAACCAAAUAUCCAGUCAACUCUCCGCUGUAAAACAACAGUACAUCAGCGAGAUGCAACGAUUUUCUAAAAUAUUAAUCGAUGCCCGCAUUAACAAUGUAACAGUUGGCAAAAUCAAGCAAGCCCUCGUAAGCAGUAAACAAAAAGCAUUGAAAGUAAGUAUCGAUCAGUUGACUAAAAUCUUUGACAAAUUACAAAUGCCAGAUCUUGUAAACGCAAACCAAAACAAGUCAAUUGUUAUAUCUUCAAAUACUGUCGGCAGAUCCUCGAAUACAAUCAACAAUUCAUAUUCCACUAGGAAGCAGCCAAAUUAUGACCCAUCACGUUAUCAAAGUAUUGCCUCGAAAAAUCUUGUAAACGGAAGUCAUCAGUCGAAAGCGGCCAAUUCAAACCAAUCGAUCACGAAAACUAAUAAUAGAAAGCUUAAUUUACAUUCUGGAAAUGUCGAAUCUUAUCAUUCUCUUCCUCCCCAGUCGAAUAAAACAGUCUCAACAUCAAAUAAAACUAAUCAUAAUAAAAAUGAUUCAACAGAGGAAGCAUUCACUCCAACAGCAUCAUUGCCAUCAUCAGAGGUGUUACCGAUCGAUGAUACUAUUAAUAUACUUCUGCUUAGUGAAACUGGAGUUGGAAAAUCAACUUUUAUCAAUGCUUUUGCUAACUAUUUGACGUUCCAUUCAUUUGAACAAGCUGAAUCAAGUGAACCUGUCGUAGUUAUUCCUGUUUCAUUUAUUAUAACGACAGGUGACAAUUUCGAAGAACGAACAAUCGAAUUUGGUGAAGUCGAUAGUCUUAACAAUGAAAAUUUCAAUGCUACUGGCCAAUCUGUAACACAACAUUGUAGAUCUUAUACUUUUGAUCUUCAUGAUGGCGGAAGAAGGAUGGUGCGUAUUAUUGACACACCUGGUUUUGGUGAUACUCGAGGUACAGAUCAAGAUGAUCAAAACAUCGAACAUAUUUUACAAUAUAUCAAUAAUCUUACACAUUUGAAUGCUAUCUGUUUUCUUCUCAAACCGAAUGCAUCAAGAUUAAAUGUAUUUUUUCGUACAUGUUUUACUCAAUUGUUUUCUCUUUUGAGUCCAGCAGCUCGUCAUAACACCAUCUUUUGUUUUACAAAUGCCCGUUCAACGUUUUAUGCACCUUGA